AUGUUCCCACUCUUUGGAAUAGAAUUUAAAAUUACUAACUCAACCCGCUUAAAGAUUCAAAGAUUCAACCAACAAAAGAACUAGUCUGCUAAAUAGCCCAUGUCUAUGUUAAAAAAUGACAGUGUGGAUCUCGUUAAUUAGCCUGCUGAUUUAAUAUUUACUGAACGCAAGCCCGAUCUCAAGUUCAUUAGAAACUAUUAGUAUAACUUCAUUAAUUUUCUGCAGACAUAGAAUCACACAUUUCCUUCUUUCGUGGAUUUUUUACAAAAUCAUCCCAACUUUAGAUUGAAUAUUAUUCAAGCCAAGCCUUACAAUAGUACUUUACUUAGAAAAAUAACUAAAGCAUAGGUUAGAGAUAAGGAGUUUAUCUUUAUUAAUUACUAAUAUGUGGACUUAGCUCAAUGUAAUUUGUAUUGCUUAGCUAAUGAAUAUAUGAAAGUUGAAAUAAAGACAAGAUAGCUUAGCAGAGCGAUUAGUCUGGAUAGGUUGUAAUCGAUUUUCAAAGAGAAAAUAUGGUUUAUAUAACAAGACAUUUUCAGCAAGGCUCUGAAUCUGAGAGUAUUUGAAGAUUCAGAAUAAAUACCAUUGAUAUAGCUGCGGUAAACAAGCAAGGGUUCUGUUCUAUAUAUUUUAGAUAUUGGCAAUAUAACUGAAUGCUUGAAAGUAGUGGAGUAAUUACAUAAAUUGAAUCAAGAUUACUCAGUCAGUAUUAUAUUUACUAGUUUGAAGUUGAACCAAGAAGAUAGAGGGGAAAUUGUCUUUUCUUAAAAAUUUCCAAAUAGAAAUCAAAGCUUAGUUUACCAUGACGUUAUUAUUCAAUGUUAUAAAUGUUCUAAAUAGUUACUAAACUAGCUAGAAGACCCUAAACAAUACUUGGGAUUAUUAAAUGGAAAAUUUGACUCAUUAAUGAUUAUUAACGGGCAAGUAUACUAUCAGUUAAAUAAGUACUUAGGCAAUUAGCUAGCUCUUUAGUUUUUGCUUUAAGAGCAUCUUGAAAUGAUGGAUUAUUUGUUAGAAUAAGGUACUUAAAACAGAUAAGUAAUAACUGGUCAAAUAAUGAAGAUAGUUUAUGAAAAUAAUAUGAAUGUUAAACAGUUGCCAAUAAACAGAAGUGACUUAGAGAUGAUAAACAAGUAUUCUGAUUUUAAAUUUGGCUCUAAAAGAGAUUAGAAAUAGUAAUAAAAGUAUUAAUAACAAAAUUAGAUUUAUGCUAAGUUAAACAUACUCACUAAGACUUCACUUGAUACUCCUAGAUCAGUUAUCUAUGAACCCUCAAGCAUUCCUAAUUAUUAUAAUCCAAUUGGUGAAAAAUAAGUCUAAGAUACUGCUCUAUUUGGACUUAAUGGCAUGAUGUUAGAUCUAGAUGUUUAAAGAUUUAUACUUUAAAACUAAAAUAUCACACUUAAAUUCAAGAUGAUUGGAUAAAUUAUCGAGGGAGGGCUUAGCAUUUCAGCAGGCACUAAUAAUUUCUUGCCUUUUGAGUACUAUCAGAAAGUAUUCUAGAUUGACGGAUUUAGUUAGCAUGAAAUAGUAAAGAGACAUUCGUAUAACUUUGGACCAUAUUUCUAAAUUUUCACCAAAGAUUUCUAAAGCUUGAAUGUUAUUAAUGCUGAAAUCAUCAAAGGUACCUAGUAAUUGAGCACUUAUGACUACUAUGACAAACUCAAGCUAGUUCAAGUAUAAUAAAGCAAAUUCAAGCAAGCAGAUAAUCAAGAAAAGUCUAAUUAAGACAUUAUCAGAGUUUUCUUUUCACUUUCAGGUCCUAUUUAUGAGCAUCUUGCACUUCUAAAUAUCAUAUCAAUCCUAGAAAAUACAAAAUCACUGUGCUUUUUCUACUUCAUUGAUUAAGUUACACUUUCUCCUGAUUUUAAGAAAUAGCUAGCUUCUCUAUAAUAAACACUAAAUUUUGGCUAUGAAUUUAUUUAUUAUCAAUGGCCGUAAGCACUAUACAAGGACUUUUAAUCAAAGAGAUAAAUCUAUGGAUCUAUGAUACUAUUCUUGGAUUUGAUAUUCACAGAUCCUGGCAUUGAAAGGAUCAUUUAUAUGGAUGCAGAUUAAAUAGUGAAAACAGAUUUGAAAAUUCUCUGGGAAACUGAUCUUGAUUAAAAACCAUAUGCUCUUGUGCCACAUUGUAAUGCAGAAAAAUCCUUCGAAAAAAGUCCAUUUUGGUUUGAAACUCUAAGUAAAAAUGAUAAAGAUUAUUAUUUCUCUGGGGUGUUUGUGGCUAAUUUGACUAAUUUUAGAGUAAAUGGCUACGGCAACAUACUUAGAAAAAAUUAUCAAUAUUUAGAGUUUGAACUAUAAAUGGCUGAUAAUUUACAGCUCUUAGAUUAGGAUUUAAUAAACUAUAGCCAAUUUAUUGUACCAAUUAAAAGCCUUGGAUAAGAAUGGCUUUGGUGUGAAGCUUGGUGUAACAAAGAUUAAUAAGAUGAAGCAUUAAUAGUAGAUUUAUGUGGAGAUCCCUUCAAAUAUAUUGGAGAAAAUAAGAUUGAUAAAUUUAAAAGACUAUAGCCAUUGGAAUUCGAUAAAUAUAGCAAGAUUUUAAAUUAAAGCCAAUGA